AUGGAAUUUUUAAGUGAACAAGCAUAAAUGCAAACGCCUCAAAGGAAUCGCUAUCAGUAAUAGGAGCCUCUUAGCAUUUAAAAUGGGUAGUUCAACCCGAAUUCUUCAGUAGCAACCAACGAAUUUGACUCACCAAAAAACGAGUAAUUGACUUCAAAUUCAAAAAGAAUGAUGCUGCUUGAGUUUUCGCCGAAAUAAGAGCCUUGCAACCGCUACAAGAAUGUUGUAUUUAGUUGUGAGGAUGAAGAUUCGUCCAAAAAGCAAGAUUUUUUUGAUUAUCAGCAAACUGCCUGCAAGUCUGUCCAAAAGAAAUAGACUUAGCUUCAAAAUAACUCUUCAUCAAAUCGCAAAAUUGAAUACGAAGAAGAUGAAUACAAUUUAACUCCUAUUAGCUCUUCAAAGAAGGGAAAGGCGAUUGAGAGACCAGACGAAGAUGAAAUAUAACAAUUAAAUGAAUUAGAUUAACAAAUGAACGAUAUGAACAUUCAUACGACUUGUAAAAAACAGAGAGGAAAUAGUUAUAGCGGAUUUUCGUAAAACUUUGAAAGCUAACAUUAAAUAAGAAAUAUGAAUCAAAUGUAGGAAUUAGAAUCCCUUCAUUACUAGACAGAUCAUAAUAAUGAGUUAAUUUAUAUGACAUAAAAUCCCUAAUGUUAUUAAAAUGGAUACCAGCACAAAGACAUACCAAUUAACUAGUGUAUCUAGCAGGAAAAAGCUUUGGAUUAUUAAAAAGCAUUUGACAGUAUUAUUGACUUUGUGAACUCUUUCAACUGUAAGUAUCAACAGAUCUCCUCUAAAUUAAGUCCUUCUUGUGUCAUUGAAAUUAAAGACCAGUAAACACUACCUAAGCAAAGAAUGAUUGAUUUAAUGUUUUAGAGCAUCAAUCGUAUCGAAAUUAUAUAAGAAAGUCUAUCUAUGAAAGAAACAAAUCACAGAUAAAUUUCUAUUUAGCACAAUGCUCUCUUCCAUUUAUUUGUUCCUAAUGCUUUUGCAUAGUACCAAAUGUUCUGGAGAGUUUCUCUAACUGUGCCUAACCCAACCAUAACCUACUUAAGUAUUUACUAUUGA